AUGAAAGGAUCACAGCUGGUGCCAAACAGACCUCUUAACUCCAUCAACCAGAUAGUCAAGCAAGAUAGGCUGGAUGGUCCGUGGCACAGUGGGGCGAGGUGGAUCAUCCGUGACUUGGCUCAGAGUUUUGAUGCUCUAGAACGCCACUGGUCCCAUUUAUCGCCAUGUCCCAUCCUUCAGCCUUCUAGACUUUUGGUAAACAAAGCCCUCACCGCCACCUCAACUCUAUCUUUGCUUCCCUCUCAGCUCCGACUAGCUGGAGAUAUCCACAUCGCCGCUGCCGUCCAGGUGCCUUCCACCCGUGUCCGGUCCGCUGCCCCGUUAGGGUAUGGUGCCCCGACGAGAGCGUGGUGGAGAUGGUGCCAAAGGCAACCAAUUGAGCAGUGUGAUCUCGAUAGUAGACUGCCAAUUGCGGAUCCUUGUACGGUCGCUUGGGCAUGCUUCGGUCAAGAGCGCGUUAGAAGCGGCCAUUUCUGCCAUAGAAUGCGCUUGAGCAGACAGUCGCCCAUGUCAAUGACGAAAGUACCAGGGACACUCAGGUAUAUCGGACAAUAUUAUCACGCCCAGAAAGCAAAAGCAGUAGCUUUCCGCCAAACAUCCGGGGGGGUAAGUGAAAUUAGCGUUUCAGCCAUCACACUUAUAACCAGAUCUAGCAUCACUUUGAAGCAUGACCAUACCGCAGAGUACGUCACUACCAUCCAAUUUCGCUUCACUUGCUAUACUAUAAAAACUGUCAGCCUGGAAAACCAGCCCUUUCAGUCGCGGCUUGGUGGGGCUUGUGAUACACCACAUCAAAUUAUUGGCAAGUCGGCCUUGAAAGUUGGGGGCGCCCCUGGCAUUGGAAUCCGGGUGUCUGUCGUCAUCUCAUUCAAGGGGAAUCCGAGACAUGGGGAUAGUUGGUCAAAACAGGGUUAUCUAGGCACCGUUUUCUUGGCCCCGGUUACCACACGUUUCCGUGGGCAAGUCUGCCGAGAAUUCCUGGCGAUAACAGAAACGAUAUGGAUGGAAUUUGACACGCUAGCAGAUUUCAUUUACUGUGGUUUGGUUGGUUGGUGA